AUGACAGUAAUGAUUGAGACCAAACCAAAGAUAGUAGUUCCAUAUUUGUAUAUAUGGGAUGUAGCAGAUUCUUCAAAAGAAUGGGCAGAGGUAUCAGAACAUGUUGAAUUUAUUAGAUAUAAGAUGUCUACAAGGGAAGAUUUUAUUCAGUUUCUACAAACCAGUGAGAUACAAGGAUUUUGGGUAGCUGAAGAAUUCUUUACAGUCUUGGGGAACCCAAGUGAUUAUUGGGAUUAUUUCCCUGAUUCUUUAAAAGUCAUUUUAGUUCCUUGGGUUGGCUGUGAUUUUAUUGAUGGUAAACGUUUAAGGUCUGAAAAAAAUAUUACCUUGUGUAAUAUUGGACCUCAUGCUGCUUCUAAUGUGUCUGAUUUAGCUGUCUUUUUAGUGUUAAGUUGUUUCAGAAUGACAUCCUACUGGGAACAUUGUUUUAGAAUUGUAGAAAAUGGGGAUAUUGAGAGUUGUAAGCAGUACAUUGGGGGUUCCCUCCAAGAUAAUAAAGAAAUGUCACUCUCCAAAGGUAAAAAUGAAGAGUAUGUAUACAGAUUCCCUACGAAACCAGAAUCGAGUUUCACCAAUAUUGCAGAAAAUUACACUGUAGGAGGUAAGAUCAUGGAUUCUCCAACCAAUAAGAAUGUUUUAAUAUUAGGGUUCGGUUCCAUUGGACAGACAAUUGGUAAAAGAUUGAAAUUUGGACUCGAUAUGAAUAUAUUUUACUAUAAACGUAGUGGUCCUGUCGCUAGAGAUGUCCUCAAUUAUGAUGCAACAUAUUGCACGUCGUUGAAAGAGGAAGAAACAUGGAGAAUUGCUGACGUUAUUAUUCUGUCAUUGCCUUCUGACGAUUCAACCUCAAAUCUAAUCAAUGAUCAAACAAUAUCAAUGUGCAAAAAGGGAGUCAGAAUCAUAAAUAUUGGUCGAGGAAGUUGCAUUGACGAAGAUGCUCUAAUUAGAGGAUUAGAUUCAGGUCAAGUCAAUAGUUGUGGAUUAGAUGUUUACAAAAAUGAAACUGCUCCAAUUGAUAACAGAUUAUUAAGACGUUGGGAUGUCACAUUACUACCACAUAUAGGAAGUGCUGUCGCAGAUAUAAUACAUCGUCAAACAGUUGUGACAUUAGAAAAUAUAAAAGAUAUAUUCAUUGACGGAGGAUCAGGAAUUUAUGUCGUCAAUUAA